AUGAAAGUUCAAAUCUUAGCAAGCAACGAAAUAUGCGUCAAAUCUUAUGGUGGAAGACGUAGAACAUGCUCUAAAAAUCAGGAGAUUCCAGGAACCUUAGAGAUUUCUAUCCAAAGAAGCAUUCAAAGAAGCACAUUGCCAGGAACAGCUAAGAUACUUCACAGAUCCCUCAAUCUUUCAGGCCUUGGUCGAAGACUUGAGGAUGGACGAUCAUGUGAUACUUUAUCCGUUUGA